AUGAAGUAUGGCGCAACUCUUCGCCAGAAUUCCAUUCCUGCAUGGGCGCAUCACAACAUUGACUACGAUGACGUGAAGCACUACAUCAAGGAGAACACAACCGCGGGGAACGGCAACAGCAUUUCUAUCCCCGGCGCCGGCGAUGUGAGAGGCAAAGAGCUCGAGGACAACCUUCACGAUAUCCUGCAACAACAACACCAGAGAAUCACUUUGUUCGUGAGGAGCAAGACGGGCGAGAUCGAGAGGCGGCUGGCAGACCACCUUCGCAAGCAGAUCGCAUUACUCGCUUCAAAGCCCGCCGUCAAUGGUCGCAUACCUGCAAAACGUCUCGAAAAAUAUGGUCGCCUCGAGGCCGACAUCCUCAAAGCUGGUGACGAACUACAAUCUCUGUCGCGCUUCUCAAAGACCCAGCAGACUGCUUUUCGCAAGCUUCUAAAGAAACAUAAGAAGUGGACCGGCUCUACCGAUCUCGAGACCGAAUUCAACCGACAUGUCCUCGGCGAUCCCUCCAGCUUUACCAAGAUUGACAUGGACCCUUUGUAUACUGAAUAUGAAGACACGCUCUCGGCUUUGAGGACAUUAUACCAUGAGCGCAUCAACGGAGCCCCAGACAGAUUUUCAAUCGACGGCACCCAGGAUAACUCUGCACAAAUUCGAUCCAUCAUCGAGUCGAGCUCAUCUGUCGAAUUUGACACUUACUUCUCCACAUCGCCUCUUGGUCGCAGCGGCAGGAAUGCUGUCUACUGGGUACACCCGGACAACAUUGUUGAACUUCAGAUUCUAAUCCUACAACACGCCCGAUCAUUCCCUACCCGCGCGCUGCCCUCGGCAACAGUUUCACCUAUGCUAUCUCGCCAAAACAGUAUCACAUCUUCAAUGGGUAGAAGAAAUAGUAAUGCUAUCGAAGCCGACACCACCGUGCUUGUCGCUGAUGAUCUCGAAAGCUUCAUUGCACAUCAAAGCUCUUCUACAUUUGAGAAGCGCGAGGAGACUGUCGGAAGUCGUUUGCAGGAAGCAGCUGUUCACGCGAGAUGGACAAAAUCAGAAGACGCUAUUGUUACCGCCCAGGUGAGCGACCGAGACAUUCAAAAGGUCUCGGUCAAGCGCAAGAACGUUCCCGCCAUCCUUGAGCCUUCGACUACAUCAUUGCGGAAGUCUUCCGUCACCCAAGACCCAAGCUGCGAAGCUGUUAAGAAUAUGCGUGCCUGGAUAGCUCAGCAGGGAACCAUCAAACCCCUUACUACCAUUGCAUCCAACCGGGCUCGCUUUGCUGAGACGGCUGCUGAUUCAAGCGGAUUCAUUCUGGCCACGUUAGACAAAGGCAUUCGUAUGACGAAAACAGAGUCUUUUACAAACUCUCUCGAAGAUACAUUUUCUCAAUCUAUGAGUGCAGAGUUCCCCUUUGCAGUACUUCGCGUAAGACAGGAAGGGUUCCGCGACAGCACUCUUAUCAAGGUUCUGGAUCAGAGUCAUCUUGUCGAGCGCGUUCGUGGUUUCUCGCUUGAGUACCACUCAGUGUGGUACUGUUGUCAACCUGAGAACGUUGUUCCUCCAUUCUGGGUACCACUGAUGCAAAGAGAUAUUCGCAAGGUGCCUACAGCAGCAAGCAGACGCAGGGUGUACAACCCCGACUCCAGUUUUGGCUCUCAAUCUACUACACCUCAGAUGUCCACUUCGACUGGAUCUGUAGGUGAUCCUAGUGGUGAUCUGACCGCCGUGGAAGAACAAUCACCUCCACGGGUCAAGAUCCCCGACCAGCUAGAGACGCCUCCCCUUAGCGCUUUCCGCAAGAAGAGAAAAUCGGCUUACGACAGGGCUGGCAGCGCUCUACCAAAGCAAAUGUAUUGGAGCGAAUAUGAUGAUCCCUCUGGCUCGGAGGAUGAGGGCGCUUAUGUCUUGUACAUUGACCCCAACGAAGUCUCGUCAGCCACCAAGACAUGGCGUCGUAUCCGAGGUCUCUGGUCCAAGAAGAAGCCUUCAGACCAAGAGACUCUGCUUGGUCAAGAUGGCACACAUGAGCAUGGCAUGACAGAGGAAUCGGUCAGUUCUUCAGACGAAGAAUCACAUGUUCCGAGACGUAUUCAACAGCGCUCAUAUGGAACAUUGAGCCAAUCGACCGACCAGGUUGCCGGAUACAAUCCUGAAGCAUACCAACAGCAAUCUGACUGGGUUCCACAGCUGGCAGCGACAUGCUUGGUCGCAUCCAUGCUCUUGCUCUGCAUUGGCUACAUACUAGUGGCUACUGGCAAAAGAAAGCUAGCGUCCGAAGUGGACGCUGGAGUUGUAUUGGCAGUUGCUUCAAGUCUGGCGUUCGCCGUUUCGGGUGUGGGAGCAGUGUUUGGCAGACAGAAACCUCGCUGGCCUCUUGCUACAUUGGUCAUUGGUGUUUUAGUCGUAGACGUUGCAGCAGCAAGCAUUCUGCUUGUCUGGGCCUUUGGCUAA